AUGCACAGUCCUCUAGAGUUACCAGAACAGAAGUUACCAGAAGAACAGAACUUAUACAGGUACAGAGUAGGAGGAGCAGAAAGAGAGAGUAUAAAGUCGGAGGCAAGGUUUGCUCCUGGGUGUGCCAUCUGCAGGCAACUGGAGGUGAUGAGACAUCUUGUGGGCUGGGUGUUGCUAGCUGUCUGCAAGUUCGGACUGAAUGCAGAUUUGAUCUCUCAUUUACAUCCUCCAAAACAAGAAAUUUCUGUUGCUAACUGUGUCUUUCCAUUCAUCUACGGUGAUGAAUUACACUUCAAUUGUAUCUCCACCCACAGUGACUUUGAUUGGUGUUCCCUUGACUUUCGCUUCAAAGGAAGAUGGCGCUACUGCACAGCACUGGAUCCUCCAAUAUGUAUCUUCCCUUUCCAAUUCAGAAAAAAGGCUGUUUAUGAAUGCACCAAGGAAGGCUACAUUUUGAAUCGGAGUUGGUGUUCAUUGACUGACAAUUACAACAAAGAUAAAAAAUGGAAGCAAUGUUCUCCUCACAAUUUUUAGAUAAGCUGUGUGGUUUUGAAGAGACAGAAGUUACAGAUCCAUUAACUGCUUCUCCAAAUCAAUUUUUCUGUCAUUAAGGAGUAUCAUGAUAAUAAAUGUCUAUGGUUUUAUCUA